UCUGCCCGGCUCGCCGCUCAGUCACGGCGAAGCUGUCCGUCGGGUCGAGCGGUUUGUGCUCGUCGCGCUUCUGCUCUGCGGGGGGGUCCUAUUCCGCGGAUUGCGGACAACAUCAUGGGCUCUUGGAGUUUGCAUCGCGGGCUCCAUCGUGCCCGGACUCUGUGUCUCGUUCUGGCGUGUGUCGGAGUGUGUGCAGCAUUCGGCCCAAACAAAUUGGAAGAGGAAGAUUAUGAGGAUGUCCCCAUAAAUAAAACCUGGGUCUUAUCACCCAAGGUCUACGAGAGUGAUGUCACCUUGAUCCUAAAUACAUUACUGCAAGGCUAUGACAACAAACUGCGACCGGACAUUGGAGUAAGGCCAACUGUGAUCGAAACAGCUAUUUAUGUGAACAGCAUUGGACCGGUUGACCCCAUCAAUAUGGAGUACACCAUCGACAUCUUCUUUGCCCAGACAUGGUAUGACAGCAGGCUCAAAUUCAACAGCUCCAUGAAGCUCUUGAUGUUGAACAGUAACAUGGUGGGAAAGAUCUGGAUCCCCGACACGUUUUUCCGAAACUCCAGGAAGUCUGAUGCCCAUUGGAUCACGACACCGAACCGGCUGCUGAGACUAUGGAGCAACGGGCGAGUCAUGUACACGUUGAGGUUGACAAUUAAUGCGGAAUGCUACCUUAAGCUCCAUAACUUUCCUAUGGACGAGCACUCGUGUCCGCUGGAGUUUUCGAGCUAUGGCUACCCUAAAAAUGAAAUCCUCUACCGCUGGCAGAAGAGGUCUGUGGAGGUAGCUGACCAGAGGUACUGGAGACUCUACCAGUUUGCGUUUGUCGGACUGCGCAAUACAUCCGAUAUUGCGCAUACACAGUCAGGAGAGUAUGUCAUCAUGACCAUCUUCUUUGAUCUGAGUCGGCGGAUGGGUUACUUCACCAUCCAAACCUACAUUCCCUGUAGCAUGAUAGUUGUGCUGUCCUGGGUCUCGUUCUGGAUCAACAAAGAUGCUGUGCCAGCCAGGACAUCCUUAGGGAUCACUACAGUGUUGACCAUGACAACACUCAGCACCAUCUCCAGGAAGUCCCUCCCCAAGGUGUCCUAUGUGACAGCCAUGGACCUCUUUGUCUCUGUCUGCUUCAUCUUCACAUUUGCUGCCUUGAUGGAGUAUGGCACCUUGCACUACUUCACCAGCAACCGACAAGCCAAGAAAUCCAAGGCCGGCAACGUGCAGAAAUCCACCGUGGUCAACAUCCGGCCAGGACCCUCACUGCUUCAAAUGAACAAUAUAGCCCCCUACCACGAGGAGGACAACUAUGCCUAUGAGUGCCUGGAUGGUAAGGACUGCACCAGCUUCUUCUGUUGCUUUGACGACUGUCGCACGGGGGCCUGGAGGGAGAAUCGGAUGCACGUCCACGUCUCCAAAAUUGACUCCUACUCGCGGAUAUUUUUCCCUACUGCGUUUGGCCUCUUCAACCUCGUCUACUGGGUCGGCUACUUGUACUUAUAAGAAAAAUGCGGCAAACGAGGUGAAUAUUUUUUAAAUCGUGCUCAAAAUAGGUUGGAAAAAAAAAUCUAUUGUAAAUCAUCUUUCUCUUUGGAACUCCCAGAUGGGCUGAGGGAAGAGGAUUUACAACUGGUGCAGAGUUUCGGUGGAACUGCUGCUUUAAACUAUAAUGUCAAAUCGAGUAGAAAGAAAAUACAUAUAUAUGCAGUGCUUUUUGCCACCUGUUUAGGCUGUUCCUGGAUUAUUACAAAAGCAAAAGCUCAUGCAGGCCGACUGAACUGUAAAAAUUUUCUUGUGAAGCUUUCGUACCUCGUAAACACGGUACAACCCUAAGCCUAAGGUUUUUUCCGAUUGAUUAAGAGUAAUCUUAUUGUCGUCUGGCAUCUUUAACCAUUCAAACCUGUAAAGGUUUAUCUGUGGAGAAUGAACAUGGUGAACGAUACUCGUUUGGAAAGAACCUGCAAAACUGCUCAUCAUACAGAACAUCCUGCACCGCAAACCUAAAUAAGCAUUUUGAAUACAGCCUGUGAAAAUAUAAUAACCAAAAUACACCUUCACCUGUGUUCUGCAUAG